UGAUCAGCUAUUUUCCCCUGAGCUGAUCACUUCUGUAGCGGCUGUGUUAUUGUGAAGCUAAAACACCAAAUCAUGUCCGGCGAGUGGACAGUCUCUAUAACAAUGUAUUUAUUGUAAAUGCAGAUAUUUGUUAAUAUAAUUUAAUCUAUAUAAAUAUAAUAUCCGUUCGGCCCUCUGUACGACUUCAGGCAGUAAGCUGAAGAAAGUCUAUGCUGAUCCGAGGCCUAGCAAACACAGGCUCCAGGAGUCCGGGCUUUCAUGGUGAAGUGGACGGGUCUUGGUUAAAAUCCGGUGUUCUCCCGUCGGAAGAUGGACACGGACAAAUUUAACUAUGUUUACAGUUGUGACCUGGAUAUCAACGUUCAGCUUAAAAUAGGCAGUUUAGAAGGGAAACGAGAGCAGAAGAGCUACAAAGCCCUGCUGGAGGACCCUAUGCUGCGCUUCUCUGGCCUCUAUCAAGAGAACUGCUCUGACCUCUAUGUCACCUGUCAGGUGUUUGCAGAAGGGAAGCCCCUGGCUCUGCCUGUCCGCACCUCCUACAAAGCCUUUAGCACACGCUGGAACUGGAAUGAGUGGCUGCGGCUGCCAGUCAAGUACCCAGAUCUGCCUCAGAGUGCCCAGGUGGCCCUCACCGUGUGGGACAUCUACGGCCCAGGGAAAGCUGUUCCUGUGGGAGGAACCACUGUCACUCUCUUUGGCAAAUAUGGUAUGUUCAGACAAGGCAUGCAUGACCUCAAGGUUUGGCCAGGAGUGGAGGGGGACGGAGGAGAGCCCACUACGACCCCCGGACGCACCAGCAGCAGCCUGGCAGAGGACCAAAUGGGCCGACUGGCCAAGUUGACAAAAGCCCAUAGGCAGGGUCACAUGGUGAAGGUGGACUGGCUGGACCGUCUGACCUUCCGAGAAAUUGAAAUGAUCAAUGAGAGCGAAAAACGUAGCUCUAACUUCAUGUACCUCAUGGUUGAGUUUCCACGCGUCAAAACAAAUGACAAAGAAUACAGCAUUGUUUAUUAUGAGAAGGACGGAGAUGACACAGCACCUGUUAUGACCAGCUGUGAGAUUGUCAAAGUCCCUGACCCACAGAUGGGGAUGGAGAAUCUAGUAGAGAGUAAACAUCACAAAUUGGCUCGUAGCCUGCGCAGUGGACCCUCAGACCACGACUUAAAGCCCAAUGCUGCUACCCGAGAUCAACUCAAUAUUAUCGUGAGCUACCCCCCAACCAAACAGCUGAGCUCUGAAGAACAGGAUCUAGUGUGGAAGUUCCGGUACUACCUCACCAACCAGGAGAAGGCAUUAACAAAGUUCCUGAAGUGUGUGAACUGGGACCUGCCUCAGGAGGCCAAACAGGCUCUGGAGCUGCUGGGGAAGUGGAGGCCGAUGGACGUGGAGGACGCUCUGGAACUUCUGUCCUCACACUUCACAAACCCCACUGUUCGCCGCUACGCUGUCACGCGCCUGCAGCAGGCAGACGAUGAGGAUCUGCUGAUGUACCUCCUGCAGUUGGUCCAGGCUCUUAAGUACGAGAACUUCAGUGAUAUUCAAGGAGGCCUCGAGCCGGGCAGCAAGAGAGACAGCCAAGGCCUCUCUGAUGACUCUGCUCUGGACAGUUCCCAGAUUCUUUCAGCUCCAUCGGCUUCUGCGGCCCCACAGAAGGGCAAAGAUGGAGGGGAUAGCGAAAAUUUAGAGGACCUAUGCACAUUCCUCAUCUCCAGAGCCUGCAAGAAUUCAACUCUUGCCAAUUAUCUAUACUGGUAUGUGAUAGUGGAGUGUGAGGAUCAGGACACUCAGCUGAGAGAUCCAAAAACACAUGAGAUGUACCUGAAUGUGAUGAGGAGGUUCAGCCAGGCGCUGCUCAAGGGCGAUAAGACAGUGAGGGUGAUGCGGUCACUGUUGGCAGCUCAGCAGACCUUUGUGGACAGACUGGUGCAACUGAUGAAAGCAGUGCAAAGAGAAAGUGGAAACCGUAAAAAGAAGACUGAGCGACUGCAGGCUCUUCUAGCUGACAAUGAGAAGGUCAACCUCUCAGAAAUAGAGCCCAUCCCACUCCCUCUGGAGCCUCAGGUCCAAAUCAAAGGAAUUGUCCCAGAAACGGCCACACUCUUCAAGAGUGCCUUGAUGCCAGCAAAGUUGAUUUUCAAAGCUGAAGAUGGAGCAAUGUAUCCUGUCAUCUUUAAACAUGGAGAUGACCUUAGGCAGGAUCAGCUCAUACUUCAAAUCAUUUCUCUCAUGGACAAGCUGUUAAGAAAAGAAAAUUUGGACCUGAAGUUGACUCCGUACAAGGUUCUAGCCACCAGCACAAAACAUGGUUUCAUGCAGUUUGUCCAGUCUGUACCUGUCGCAGAGGUCCUAGCAACUGAAGGAAAUAUUCAAAGUUUCUUCAGAAAGCAUGCUCCGAGUGAAAAAGGGCCGUAUGGAAUCAGCCCAGAAGUGAUGGACACAUACGUCAAGAGCUGUGCUGGCUACUGUGUGAUUACCUAUAUCCUGGGAGUGGGCGAUAGACACUUAGACAAUCUGCUGCUGACUAAGACUGGCAAGCUCUUCCACAUAGACUUUGGCUACAUCCUUGGCAGAGACCCCAAGCCCCUGCCCCCGCCCAUGAAACUUAGCAAAGAGAUGGUGGAGGGGAUGGGGGGCAUGCAGAGUGAACAGUACCAGGAGUUCAGGAAGCAGUGUUACACAGCCUUUUUGCAUCUCAGAAGGUACUCCAACCUGAUUCUGAACUUGUUCUCUCUGAUGGUGGAUGCCAAUAUUCCAGAUAUUGCUCUUGAGCCCGAUAAGACUGUCAAGAAGGUACAAGACAAGUUUCGACUGGACCUUUCUGAUGAGGAGGCGGUCCACUACAUGCAGAGCCUCAUCGAUGAGAGCGUGGGAGCCCUGUUUGCUGCAGUGGUCGAACAGAUUCAUAAGUUUGCCCAAUACUGGCGCAGAUGAGCUACUGAGGUCAGUCAUGAUCAACAAAAGAAUCUGCAGCAGGAAGGGGUCGGUUGGGCUCUGACCGAUGCCAUGUUCAAGGCCAAGAAUGCACUGCCAACCUUCACUGCAGAUAAAACAAUAAUGUAUGUGUUUGCAUUGUAUAUAUUAUGUAUAUUAAUUAUUGAUUAAUAAGGCCAAAUAAAAAGACUUGAAACAAUA